AGCCAGAACCAGCUCCCUUGUCAUCCUGGUGCUGAAAACCGGAGCCAGCAACGAGGGGGAAUCUUUGAAUAUGCUGAUGGCCCGAAUGCCCAGAUAAUGAAUGCUGAGGAGCAAGCCUUCCGAUUCUCUGCCAAUAUCAUCAAUAGGAAUAGAACCUUGUUACCCAACACGACCUUAACCUAUGAUAUCCAGAGGAUACACUUCCACGAUAGCUUUGAAGCCACUAAGAAAGCCUGCGACCAGCUCGCCCUGGGUGUGGUAGCAAUAUUUGGCCCUUCGCAGGGCUCCUGCACCAACGCAGUCCAGUCCAUUUGCAAUGCCCUGGAAGUCCCCCACAUACAGCUGCGCUGGAAGCAUCACCCUCUGGACAAUAAGGACACGUUCUAUGUCAACCUCUACCCGGACUAUGCCUCCCUCAGCCACGCCAUCCUGGACCUUGUACAGUACCUGAAGUGGAGGUCAGCCACUGUGGUGUACGAUGACAGCACAGGCCUCAUCCGGCUGCAAGAGCUGAUCAUGGCGCCGUCCAGAUACAACAUCCGCUUGAAAAUCCGCCAGCUGCCCCUCGACACAGAGGACGCCCGGCCCUUGCUCAAGGAGAUGAAGCGGGGGCGGGAGUUCCGGAUCAUCUUCGACUGCACCCACACAAUGGCGGUACACAUCCUCAGGCAGGCCAUGGCAAUGGGGAUGAUGACCGAGUACUACCACUUCAUCUUCACCACACUGGAUCUUUAUGCCUUAGAUCUGGAGCAGUAUCGCUACUCGGGAGUAAACCUGACUGGCUUCCGCAUCCUGAACGUGGAGAACCCACACGUCUCCGCCAUCGUCGACAAAUGGGCAAUGGAGCGCUUGCAGGCUGCCCCCAAGCCUGAGCCGGGGCUGGUCGCCGGCGUGAUGAUGACAGACGCUGCCCUCCUGUACGACGCGGUGCACAUCGUCUCCGUGUGCUACCAGCGGGCCCCCCAGAUGACCGUCAACUCCCUGCAGUGCCACCGGCACAAGGCCUGGCGGUUCGGCGGGCGCUUCAUGAACUUCAUCAAGGAGGCCCAGUGGGAAGGCCUGACCGGGCGCAUCACCUUCAACAAGUCCAGUGGCCUGAGGACCGACUUUGACCUGGACAUCAUCAGCCUCAAGGAGGACGGGCUGGAAAAGGUUGGCGUGUGGAGCCCGUCUGAGGGACUGAACAUCACCGAAAUCUCCCGAAGGCAAGGCCCCAACGUGACCGAUUCUCUGACCAACAGGUCCCUGGUUGUCACCACAGUCCUGGAGGAGCCGUUUGUCAUGUUCGCCAAGUCCGACACGGUCCUCACCGGAAACGGGCGCUUCGAGGGGUACUGCAUCGACCUCCUCACCGAGGUCUCCCGCAUCCUGGGCUUCUCCUAUGAGAUCCGGUUAGUGGAGGACGGGAAGUACGGCGCCCAGGAUGAGAAGGGGCAGUGGAACGGCAUGAUCAGGGAGCUGAUCGAUCACAAAGCUGACUUGGCUGUGGCGCCGCUUACCAUCACCCAUGUCCGGGAGAAAGCCAUCGACUUCUCCAAGCCCUUCAUGACUUUGGGGAUCAGCAUUCUUUACCGGAAGGCCAAUGGCACCAGCCCCAGCGUCUUCUCCUUCCUCAACCCCCUGUCUCCUGACAUCUGGAUGUACAUCCUUCUCGCCUACCUUGGAGUGAGCUGUGUGCUCUUUGUGAUUGCCAGGUUCAGCCCGUACGAGUGGUACGACGCCCACCCCUGCAACCCGGGCUCAGACAUCGUGGAGAAUAACUUCACCCUCCUCAACAGCUUCUGGUUUGGAAUGGGAGCCCUCAUGCAGCAAGGCUCGGAGCUGAUGCCCAAAGCCCUGUCCACCCGCAUCAUCGGGGGCAUCUGGUGGUUUUUCACGCUCAUCAUCAUCUCUUCCUACACGGCAAACCUGGCCGCCUUCCUGACCGUGGAGAGAAUGGAGUCCCCCAUUGACUCUGCCGAUGACCUGGCCAAGCAGACCAAGAUCGAGUACGGCGCAGUCAAGGAUGGGGCCACCAUGACCUUCUUCAAGAAAUCCAAGAUCUCCACCUUUGAAAAGAUGUGGGCCUUCAUGAGCAGCAAGUCCUCAGCGCUUGUCAAGAAUAACGAGGAAGGGAUCCAGCGUGCCCUCACCUCUGACUACGCCCUCCUGAUGGAGUCCACCACCAUUGAGUACAUCACCCAAAGGAACUGCAACCUGACCCAGAUUGGGGGUCUGAUUGACUCCAAGGGCUACGGGAUUGGCACUCCCAUGGGCUCGCCCUACAGAGACAAGAUCACCAUCGCGAUUCUCCAGCUUCAGGAGGAGGCCAAGCUGCACGCCAUGAAGGACAAAUGGUGGCGAAGCAAUGGCUGCCCCGAAGAGGAGAGCAAGGAAGCUAGUGCGCUCGGGAUCCAGAACAUCGGCGGGCUCUUCAUUGUCUUGGCUGCUGGUCUGGUCCUCUCCGUAUUCGUAGCCACUGUGGAAUUUGUCUACAAGCUGCGCAAAACCGCUGAGCGUGAGCAGCGCUCCUUCUGCAGUGCCGUGGCGGACGAGAUCCGGCUGUCGCUCACCUGCCACCGGCGAGUGAAGCACAAGCCGCAGCCGCCCGUCAUGGUGAAGGCGGACGCAGUGAUCAACAUGCACACCUUCAACGACCGACGGCUCCCCGGGAAGGACAACCUGACCUGCAGCACGGGGCUGACCCCUGUGUUCCCGUGA